AGAUCACCUCACAUCUCAGUCAGUCAUGGGUCGUCCUGGGAUUCAGAUUUGGCCAUGGACACUGUGCGUCUUCUUGAGUUGGACGUCUGCAGGUCAAGCAGCGUCAGGACCGCACUACAUGGUCACCGUUCCCGCAAUUCUUGAAGCCGGAGCUCAGACCAAAUUCUGCGCGAGUCUCCGGCAGCCCAACGAGACUCUGAAAAUGACCGUCACUCUGUUGUCCGAGGAUGCGCAAACGAUCCUCCUCAAGCAGACGUCCAGUAAAGAAUUUCACACCUGCACUGAGUUUCAGGUUCCUUUGGUGCAAAAACAAGUGGUUCAGCAAUUCGAUGUGGAGGUACGAGGCGACACAUUUUACUCCAAAGAGGUCAGGAAAGUCUUGAUCAGAGUCUAUAAACCAAUGACGUUCAUCCAGACAGACAAACCGCUCUACCUCCCUGGACAAACAGUGAAUUUCAGGGUCGUCACACUGGACAGCAAACUGAGACCCGCCGAACAGCUGUACAAUAUCAUCGAACUUGAGGAUUCAAACAGCAACAGGAUUGGACAGUGGGUGAAUGAAACAUCCAAUUCGAAGAUAUUGCAGCGAUCUUACGCCUUGAACUCUGAGGCCCGUGAAGGAGUCUACCGAAUAACUGUGAAGAUGGAGUUAGAGACAGCACAUCACAGUUUCAAGGUGGAGAAAUAUGUUUUGCCUAAAUUUGACGUAAAAAUAGAUACAUCUUCCGAAGUGAGCAUUGAGCAGGGCGUAAUCAAAGCUGAAGUAUGCGCAACGUAUACGUACGGACAGCCCGUGCCCGGCAGUGUUAAAGCUAAGCUGUGCCGACCUAUUAGUGUCCAUGGUACCAGAUUCCGUGUUAUCACCCCCGAACAUCCGGAGGGAAUCCCUGAUAUAACUGCCCCAUGCCACAAGGAGACAAAGCAGACGGACAAGAAAGGCUGUGCCACUUUUACCGUCCCAAUGGCUAAGUUCACAAAACUUGCGCAGAAGGUGUUACGAGAUACACUCGAACUCAAGGUCAAAGUGGAAGAGGAGGGGACAGGUAUUUCACGCCCACAGGAGAAGGGUAUAGGGAUUUCAUACGUUAUUGGAAAGCUGUCGUUCGUUGACACGCCAAAGAUUUAUAACCAAGGAUCAAAUUUGGAAGGAAAAGUUAAAGCGGUUCAUUACAAUGAUACGCCCAUUCCCGACAUGCCUCUGUACCUGUUUGAGGGUGAAAGGUGGUCAGCAAGUCGGCUCCAGAAUCUCACAACUAACAGCGAUGGUGUCGCCACUUUCUCUGUUAACACUGCUGACUUUGACCGGGACAUUGAACUCCACAUUAGCAGCAACCCGACGCUGGCCUACGCCGGUUAUAGAGUGCCAUACUAUGAGGAUGCAGAUCACAAAGUGUCCAUGGUCCAAACUUCUUCUCCUGAUACUAAAACAGUCAGCUUCCUGGAGGUGAAGACGAUUGAUAAAACACUCCCCUGUGACAAAGAACAAGACAUCUCCAUCCAAUACACUGUCGUCGGAGAGGCUCAAGGCUCCAUGGAUCUUAUCUAUCUUGUCUUAUCCAGAGGAGCAAUUGUCACACAAGGAGAUCAAGAUGUUGAGAUUCAAGAUAAAUCAGUGAAUGAGGGUGAGGUGUCCUUCAAGCUGACAGUGACUCCAGAGAUGGCGCCAGAACUUCAGGUUGUGGCAUACGCCAUCCUCCCCAGUGAGAACGUGAUCGCCCACAGCGCCGACUUCUCCGUUGAGAAAUGCUUCGGUCACAAGGUGUCCCUGGAGUUUUCUCCGCCCUCAGCUGUCCCAGGAGAGGAGAUCACCCUGCAGGUGAAGGCUCAGCCAGACUCCCUGUGUGGUGUGAGCGCCGUCGACCAGAGCGUCCUCAUCAAAGAGCCGGAAAAGACUCUGGAUACAGACAAGAUAUUUAACUUGCUGCCCGUCAGAAAAGUAUCCUAUAUUCCAUAUGAAGCUCGAGAUCCUGUAGAGUGCUUGCAUGUGAGACCAAGAAGAUACGUUUUGCCACACCCUGAAGCUAGAGAUGAUGCUUUUACAGUUCUCCAGAAUGUAGGGCUGAAGAUGGCAACUAACCUGGUUAUCCAGGUGCCUGCAUGCCUCAAGUAUAAAGGAAGAGAGUACCACCAGGGCCGCAGAGGUAUUUCUUUAGCAUAUGACGCUAUGCCUGCUCCUGGAGUUGCCAGAACAAGGGUACAAGUGAUGUCAAGCAGAGUGUAUGGUGAGGCGGGGUCUGCAGGAGGUUCAGGUGGAGGCUCUCCUGAUCCUCCACCAAUAGAGACAGUCCGCACUUUCUUCCCUGAAACCUGGAUAUGGGACCUGGUGGAAGUUGGGGAGACUGGAACAAAGGACGUGCCCUUAACUGUCCCAGACACCAUCACCACCUGGGAGACGGAGGCUUUCUGUCUGUCCUCUGAGGGAUUUGGCUUGGCUCCUCGUAAAGAGAUCACCGUCUUCCAGCCUUUCUUCCUCGAGCUCAGCCUGCCCUACUCCAUCAUCCGAGGGGAGCACUUUGAACUGAAGGCAACCGUCUUCAACUACCUGCCCAACUGCAUCAUGGUCAAUGUGGCUCCAGCCCCCUCCUUAGAUUACAACCUCACCCCCCUCUCUGGUGACCAGUACACAUCCUGUUUGUGCGACAAUGAGCGCAAGACCCUCAGCUGGACCAUGGCCCCUUCAGCUUUGGGGGUUGUGAACGUGUCAGUGACUGCUGAGGCUGUGACAUCCCAGACUAUGUGUGGCAAUGAGAUUGUGAACGUGCCAGACAGAGGUCGCAUCGACAAGGUCACACGAUCUCUUAUAAUAAAGGCUGAAGGAAUUGAGAAGACAAGGACCUACAACUGGCUGUUCUGUCCAAAAGGAAAUGCUCUGACUGAGGAGGCAGAUGUACAACUUCCUGAGAACGUUAUUGAAGGAUCUGCCCGCGCUGUACUAUCAGUCCUGGGUGAUAUUCUGGGCCGAGCUCUGCAGAACCUGGACGGGCUGCUGAGGAUGCCGUAUGGAUGUGGCGAGCAGAACAUGGCGCUGCUGGCCCCCAACAUCUACAUCCUCCAGUACCUGAGAAACACACAGCAGCUGACUCCAGCCAUCAAGGAAAAGGCCACCAACUUCCUGACCAGUGGCUACCAGAGGCAGCUGAACUACAAGCACCAUGAUGGCGCUUACAGCACAUUUGGAACAGGAGCGGGAAAUACCUGGUUGACUGCUUUUGUGGUGAGAUCGUUUGCCAAAGCCCAGUCUUUCAUCUUCAUCGACCCAACAAAGAUUGAGAAGUCUGUGGAGUGGCUGAAAAACAGACAAAGGAAAAGUGGCUGUUUUGAACCAUCAGGAAGCCUCUUUAACAACAGAAUGAAGGGUGGCGUUUCUGAUGAAGUGACGCUCAGUGCCUACAUCACUGCUGCCUUCCUGGAGAUGAAUACGUCUGUGGAAGCGCCUGAGGUGAAAGAGAGCCUGUCUUGCCUCAAAGAGUCCAUCGGUGACCUCAGCAACACCUACACUACGGCUCUGCUGGCGUACGUCUUCACCCUGGCGGGAGACAUGGAGACCCGUGCUCACCUCCUGAAUCACCUCGACUCUGUUGCCAUACACGAAGGAGGUCUCCUCCACUGGUCUCAGACAGCAACGGGAGACGUCGCCUCUCUGUCUGUGGAGAUCAGCUCCUAUGUGAUGCUGGCCAAACUCGGCGCCUCUCCUACCACCGAAGACCUGGGAUACGCCAGCCGCAUCGUCAGGUGGCUGACGAGCCAGCAGAACUAUUACGGAGGCUUCUCCUCCACACAGGACACUGUGGUGGCUCUUCAGGCUCUGGCUCUUUACUCCACUCUGGUGUUCAGUCCAGAGGGUUCAAGCACAGUGACGGUCCAGUCUCCCAACGACAAGCUGACGUUCAAGGUGAACCAGAACAACAAGCUGCUCUACCAGGAGCAGGUGCUGAAGGACGUUACAGGAAAGCACCACCUGACAGUGCAGGGCACUGCGUGUGUUGCAAUGCAGAUUUCUCUUCACUAUAACGUCCCAACUCCGACAGAUUUCACAGCCUUCAGGGUCGAGGUUAAAUCCGAGGCCGACUGCAGCAGCAGGAUGCCCAAACUCACUCUGAAGCUCAACGCCCUAUACAGGGGAAGGCAAAGUUCUACAAACAUGGUGAUCCUGGAUAUCAAAAUGCUCUCUGGAUUUAUCCCAGACCCAGAGUCCAUAAAGAGCCUCAAAGUUGCCCCGAUGGUGGAUCGAGUUGAACAGAAGGACGAUCACGUUCUGGUGUACAUUCAGGAGUUGGCGAAGGACAUUCCCAUCAACUACAGCUUAGUGCUCUUACAGGAGCUCCCGGUGCAGAACCUGAAGCCGGCCGUGGUCAAGAUCUACGACUACUACCAGACAAGUGAACAGGAUGAUACAGAAUACACCUACCCUUGUGUCUCAGGUUGAAGAAUGAAAUCUGGUCAGUUCUCGAGCUGUCACUGAUUCCUGUAUAAUUUAAAAAGACUUCAAAAGACUCCGAAGAAAAGAUUCGCUUGUUCGUCCCUCGUUCGUAACAGCUGUUUCAGACGUCAAAGGUGUGCGGACAAUAAAAUAAUGUUCUCUCAAUGUUCCACUCAAA